AUGCUGCCGUCGGUCGACCGGCCAGCGACACUCGUCGAGGACGGACCCCACGUCCGCCCAGAGGACUUCUCCAAGCCUCAGCCUCUCGCCUGGCUUCCCGUGCUGCUGGUGUCGGCGCUGCUUUCGUGGGCCUACUACGCCUACGUUCUGGUCUUCUGCCAGGUAAUCGUCGCGCACGAGAGCAUCGCGAAGGCAGUAGUCUUCGGCGCUGGAUUCCAUCUGCUACUCUUUAUGUGCGUAUGGUCGUACACAAAAACGACGGGGACGGCGAUCUCCGAGGUGCCACCUGCGUACCUGCUGAGCGUCGGCGAGCAACAGGCACUCGCCAACUCCCACAACAGGCGCACGCGGCGUGGUCUGCUCGAGAUGCUGGCAUCGGAGAGGGGCAUUAUCACCGUGGGACCGGACGGUUGCGCGCGCUACUGCGAAUCGUGCCAGCUGCUCAAGCCGGACAGGUGCCACCACUGCUCCGUAUGCCGAAGAUGCAUCAAGAAGAUGGACCACCAUUGCCCGUGGUUCAACAACUGCGUCGGCUUCAACACCUACAAGUUCUUCCUGCUCACACUCUUCUACGCGGUGGCUUUGUGCGUCUACAGUGUGGCCACCCUUGGAGCUCACUUGAUUGCGUGGUUGUCGGACCCGUCGCUAUUGAAGCCCUACGGCAUCCACGUGGGUUUCAUCUUUCUCGUGGGCUCCGCGCUGGCCAUUGGGCUCGGCUCUUUCCUCGGCGUGCACCUGUCCAUGGUGUCGAGGAACGAGACGACGCUGGAGAGGUUGCGCAGUGAGGUCUUCCUAGAGCCCGGAGAUUCAUUCGACCUCGGCAACCGUUACGAGAACUUCGUGCAGGUGUUCGGUCCACGACGGUCGCUGUGGAUGGUUCCCGUGUUCACGAGCAUCGGCGACGGCCUCCGGUUCGCGACCAGGCUGCACCCCACGCGAGGCGUCGUCGAGUCUCUGCCGUCAACCUUCGUGGCAACCUAUUCUGCGGCCACGUACUCGACGGGCUCAUCCAGCCCCGAUGUCGUUGCUCCUAGCUUGAAUAUAGUGCGAUAG